UGAACACGAGGAAAGACUUACAGUUGAUGCAAAUACGUAGUUCUUUACACCCGGUAUCGGGUCCUAGGGGCGCUAUAUAUUUGCCGGCAGCUACGUACACCAUGAGUAACCCCGAAAAACGGAUAUUCCUAUCUGUGUUGAAGGACCUCCGACCACCUCAUGGGUUCAGUUCAAACUUAUCGCGUCGUGUGAAGGUAGAACAACAACUAAUAUGGGGACUUAAGAGCCACGAUUGCCAUGUUCUUAUGCAACGAAUUCUACCUAUUGCUGCCCGACGGUGUCUUCCCAAAAAUGUUGUGCUCGUGUUGAUUGAACUUUGUAACUUCUUCAAUUCGAUGUGCUCAGCUCAUAACACAGUUCGUGAACUGGAGCGAAUCCAAGAAAGAAUUUCUUUGACGCUAUGCCAUCUUGAAAAGCUAUUCCCACCUUCAUUCUUUGAUGUAAUGGAGCAUCUGCCUAUCCAUUUGGCUGAGGAGGCUAUGGUGGCCGGUCCGGUGCAGUACCGGUGGAUGUAUCCCAUUGAGCGGUACUUGGGUACUCUGAAGAGGUACGUACGGAACAGGGCACAACCUGAGGGUUCGAUUGCACGUGGAUACCUCAUGGAAGAAUGCGUGACUUUCUGCUCAAGAUAUCUCGGAGACAUAGAGACCAAAGAGAACCGGGCUGCUCGAGGGGAGGAGGACGGGACACAACACGGGAAAGGAUUGUUUGGUUCUAGGUUCAAUCUUGAUUACAAUACGAUGCACCAAAUUCAUUGCUACAUCCUAGGAAAUAUAGAUGAAAUCAGUCCGUUGCGAAGGUUUUUUCACAUCAAUUUAACAAUACUUGUAUGCGUAUCCGACCUGUGUUGAAUAUCUUCGACUUUUAUUUUUGCACUGUAGGAUUCACCUUGAUACUAUUAGGUCAUGUCGAACUCGCGCACCCCCACGUGAGGUGCACCAGCAGCACAACGAACAA